CGGUCGGGAUGCGCGCGGGGGCGCUGCGCGAGCGGCUUCAGUUGGUCGCCUCUGAGCCCCGGGAGUUGUCGUAGGGGGCGCGCGGGGGGAAGCCCUGAGAUACCGAUUGACCGUCAGCUGAGUGGUUAUGCAUCUCAAUCAGUGAUCCAACAAGCAAUGGAUAUUACUUCAAAGACAAGUGGAAAAGCCUUGUAUGAACAAAGAAAGAAUUAUGCAAAAUCAACUGUUGUAAUGUCAGAGACCUCGCAAUAUCGUGUUGAGCACCUUGCAACUUUUGUUGUGGAUCGGAAGGAUGCCAUGAUAACAAUAGAUGAUGGUAUAAGGAAACUAAAACUACUUGAUGCAAAAGGCAAGGUCUGGACCCAGGACAUGUUACUUCAGGUGGAUGAGAAAGCUGUCAGUUUGAUUGAUCUGGAGAGCAAAAAUGAGUUGGAGCACUUCCCCUUUAACACAAUCCAGCAUUGUCAGUCUAUGAUGAAUGCCUGUAACUACGACUCCAUUCUGGCGCUCAUUUGUAAAGAAUCUGGCCAAGGCAAACCAGACAUUCACCUUUUCCAAUGUGAUGAAGUUAAGGCUGAUCUGAUCCAUGCAGAUAUUGAAAGUGCAAUCAGUGACAGUAAAAGUAACAAGCAGAAGAGAAGGCCUGACACUUUGAGAAAGAUUAUAAAUGCAGGUAAUUCCUCCAUCCCACCACCACCAAGUGCCCCAGCUCCCGUACCUCCAGGAACUAUUACACAGGUGGAUGUUAGGAGUCGAGUAGCAGCCUGGUCAGCUUGGGCCUUACCUGAACAAGAUGAAAAACAGAAGGUUAUUCAUGAACCUGAAGAAACUCCAGAUAUGGCAGCAGUCAGGAUUGACAGAGAUGUGCAAAUUUUGAACCAUGUUUUGGAUGACGUAGAAACAUUUGUCAUCAAACUUCAAAAAGCUGCCGAAGCCUUCUCUCAGCUUUCUCAACGGAAGAAAUCAAAGAAAAGCAAAAAGAAGGGACCAGGAGAGGGUGUUCUGACACUCCGGGCAAAGCCACCUUCACAAGAUGAGUUCAUUGACUGUUUUCAGAAAUUCAAGCAUGCAUUUAAUCUCCUGGCUAAACUGAGAACACAUAUUCAGAACCCUAGUGCAGUUGACCUAGUGCACUUCUUGUUUACGCCUCUGAACAUGGUCAUACAAACCAGUGGUGGUCCAGAAAUGGGUAGAUCUGUCCUUUCUCCUCUCUUGACAAAGGAUGCUAUAGAUUUUCUGAAUACGUGCGUCACACUUGAAGAAAGGGAAAUUUGGUUUUCCUUGAAUGAAACAUGGACUAAACCCAGGUCGGAGUGGCCGAAAGAUCAGUUUAUUCCCCCUUACGUGCCUCACUUUAGAAAUGGAUGGGAACCUCCUUUAUUGUCAUUUUUGGGCACACCUUGUGAACAGGAAUUGAAUAAUUUAGCUGAAUCAGUGGCAAAUGCAGAACAUCAGCGAAGGCAAGAAGAGCAGAGGAGGCUGAGUGAAGAGCAAGCCAUUUCACAGGACUGUCUUCCUGCUGACGGGUAUGCAUUCAGAAACUCAAAUGACCAGAAACGAUCUCUGCGGCAACAAGGAACAGCUGAUUCUUCCUUUAAGAGAAAUAGUAGCCGACAUGUAGCUAGAAAUUAUCAAAGUCAUGUUAAAGUGGAACCUAAGAAAUUUGCCAAAUCAAAGUAUGAUUUUGUCGCAAGAAACAACAAUGAACUCUCUGUAAUGAAAGAUGAUCUGCUAGAGAUCCUGGAUGAUCGAAAGCAAUGGUGGAAAGUGAAAAACCAUAGUGGAGUGUCAGGAUAUGUGCCAAAUAACAUACUGGAUGUAAUGAGAGACCCUCGUGAGCUUGGUGAAGGGGUGCCUGAAGGCCUUUACAGUCAGGCCAUUCAGCUCUUGAUGCCAAAGAAGGAAUUUGAAUUAUUCAAGCAAUUACUGGGAGAACUGUCUGAGAAACAGAAGAUGGAUGUCAUUGCAAGAUCUUCCGGACCAAUACCACCUGCUCCUUCACCACCACCAGCACAGAUCUCGGCUUCCCCUACAUCUUCAUUUACAGGUGGUAUAGUUAAAGGAUCUUCUAGGAGUGUUAGCCGUCAGAACAGUAGCAGUUCAAUUGAGAGCUCUGGUGCACAAAAGGACGGUCAGAGAGAUGUACACACGUUAGUCAACCGGCGGAAAUCUCAUAUGGAAGAAGUGCAAGAUGAGUUGGCACAUCGACUUACAAUCGGACGUAGUGGUGCGCAGAAGAAAUUUCAAGUAUUACGAAGCAACAGUUCCACCAUUGGCAUUUCCUUUGAUUCAUCUCCAGAAGAAGUAGCAGAAUGGUUACGGUCUAAAGGAUUUAAUGCUGUUACUGUGAAUAGUUUGGGAGUACUCUCAGGAGCACAACUCUUCUCUUUAAACAAAGAUGAACUGAAGACCGUUUGUCCUGAAGAUGGUGUUCGGGUUUACAGUCAGGUUACAGUGCAGAAGGCUACAUUGGAGGAUAAACGUGGGACCUCUGAACUGGAGGAGAUCAUGAAACGCCGGCAAGAAAAACUCAACGCUGCUGGCUGUGACUCUGGAGUAGAAUCGUUUGAUGAAGGAAACAGUCAUUAAUGAAGGGUGAUUACUUUGAAACUUUUUCUUUGAUUUUAGGAAGCCACUGAGAAAUCAUCUGAGUUUUUAGAAAUUAUGCGCAGGAGGCACAAAUUGAUCGACCAGUGAAGCGUAUUGCUGGAAAGGACAAGAUUUAAUGAACAUGUUUUGCUACGUUUUAUUACUGUGGAGUAGAACAGAAUUUCGUAAAAAUAUAAUUGUGACUUGUUAAAAUUAAGCUUAUCUUUUGCCAUCAAAUUUUGUUUGUAUCCUCUUUGAAUAUAAUUUAAUAGUUUAUUGUAAGAGACUUAAUACAGUAAACUAGGUUUGUCACAAUCUGUAGUGAAAUGAUAAAGGGAAUAAGAUUGAGUCAGUAUUGUCUUUGAUUUAAAUUCAAAAGAUUUGUAAGAUUAUAUUGGUGAUGAAGACAAUAGUGAAGCAUUUUCUGUGACUGGUAUUUAAUGUACAAAUGUCAUUGUCGAAGAUGCAGUUGGUCUAACAGCAAUUUUUUCACAUUAAAUAUACAGUUCUAGUCUUAAAGUAUGACUAGAAAGUUGUAUUUAAAAAAAGAUAGUUACAACACUACUGCCCUUGGCAUGGGACUUAUUGAUUUGGAAAUGUACCACUGACACAACCACCCCUCCCCCACCCUCCUUCCCCAUGCAAUGUCAUAUCUGUUACAAAUGGACACCAAAAUAUUUCACAUGCAAAUAGUUUAUUUCACAGUUUGAACUUUAAAUAUUGUUAUCUUGAUGUAAUUUUAUGGAAACUUGCUGAACUGAGAAGAAUGUUGUACAUUUGAGAACUUAAAUCCAUUAAGAAGGAUUUGAUAUUGUAUUUGUAUAGUUUCAUGGUGCCUUUUUCCACACACUUCAGCUAUAAUUCUGAAAUAAAUAGUAUUUACUGCUA